AUGGCCCGCACUAAGCAGACCGCCCGCAAGUCCACUGGUGGCAAAGCCCCCCGCAAGCAGCUCGCAUCCAAGGCAGCUCGCAAGUCCGCACCGUCAACUGGUGGUGUCAAGAAGCCUCACCGCUACAAGCCCGGAACCGUCGCUCUCCGUGAGAUCCGUCGCUACCAGAAGUCGACUGAGCUCCUCAUCCGCAAGCUGCCCUUCCAGCGUCUUGUCCGUGAGAUCGCUCAGGACUUCAAGUCGGAUCUCCGCUUCCAGUCCUCUGCCAUCGGCGCUCUCCAGGAGUCCGUCGAGGCCUACCUUGUCUCGCUCUUCGAGGACACCAACCUCUGCGCCAUCCACGCCAAGCGUGUCACCAUCCAGAGCAAGGACAUCCAGCUCGCCCGCCGCCUCCGUGGUGAGCGCGGUUAA